UAGGUUAUUUUUUUUUAUCACCAAUCUCCUGGAGGGGCGCGAAUAUCACGUGACCGUAUGGGCGUAUUUAAGCUCGUGGCGGGAGACCAUCAGGAGAAGAGAGAGAAAUAGCCGUUCAACGGAGUCUGGCUUUAUUCGCCGUGUCCUUGAAGAAAAUGAGUGUUAAUGGGAAACUGUCCAAGUCCAGCCAUCAGAAGUCUAAUGAAAACAUAAAGAGUUUUUUUGGACCGUCUCAAAAAGCAAUGGCAGUUCCUCGGCAGACUCUACAGGUCCUCCAGGCCUCAACUGUCAACACAGAUUUGGGAAGAUCCGUUCAGUCAGGAAAAGUCAUUCCAAAGCGGAAACAGUGGAGCGCAGAACAAAUUCGAGGUCCAAAGAGAGUGAAGGUGGAAGUGAAAGCCACACAAACAGAAGAAACUCAGUCUGAGACAGAUGGCAUGUCCACUGAGGCCUAUGAACUCAUGGUCAAAGAAACACCACCUCCCACCUACUGGAAAGAGGUGGCUGAGGAGAGGAGGAAAGCCUUGUACAAUGUUCUACAGGAGAAUGAGAAGUUGCACAGAGAUAUUGAGGCCAAAGAUGAACAGAUAUCAAAGCUGAAGAGUGAGAAUGAGGAGCUACAGGAGCUGGCACAACACGUACAGUACAUGGCUGAUAUGAUUGAGAGGCUGACGGGAAAGUGCCCAGACAACCUAGAGGAAAUGAAAGACAUUGCUCUGGAUGAGGAAGAGAGUGAUGAAGAGGAUGACGACGUCGGAGACCAGAGUGAGGAAGAAUAUUGUGACAGUCAGACGGAGGAUGAAGAGGACGAAAACUCUGAGGAUCAGGAUUAAUAACACCAUGACAUCAUUGGACACUGACUUCAGGUCAACUGUUCUCUGGCAGCAACAGCUGACCAUUAAUUUAACAUUUAGCCUUUUUUAUUUUUUUUUUAAGGGUAAUUUUGUUAAAAUGCUGCUCUUAAAUUGUAUUGUAUGAAGUGCUGGACUGUCAGGAGCUGUUUUACCAUGGUUUUAAGGUUUUGGUCUCUUUUGAGUGUUAAUCAGUACAGUAUCAUCUAAAAAAAAAAAAAAAGCAGAGGUAUAUGGGAGACAUUUAGACAUUGGAAGACUGCAUUUUUUUUGUUUUUUUGUUUACACUGUAAAAAAUGUCAUGUUGCAACAUGCCUAUGUACAUAAAGGUAUCUGUACAAUGAACACCUUUUUUUUUAAAUAAAAU